CGUAGACCGAUACAACCAACAAGAACAACACCAAGUUUCCCUUUAAACUGGUAAUUCCCUGCUUAAUAUUAUCGUUUUGAGCUAGUUAUACCGACUUGGAGGUGCUUUAUAGCUGGCAGUGAGAGUUUUCUCUUUAUUUCGGUCCCAAAUUUGCGUUUCAUUAGGUCUACUCAACAUAUCUUCCGGGUCAGCGAAGGCGAAGUAAGGUGUUUACAUGACAAGAAUGGCAUCUAAGAGGAAGAUCUCAUUCAAUGUUUCUGAUUACUAUCAGAUUUUAGAAAUUGUUGGAGAAGGUGCUUAUGGUGUGGUGUGCUCUGCUGUCCAUAAGCCUACAGGCACAAAGGUUGCGAUCAAGAAGAUCCAACCUUUUGACAAGCCGAUGUUCUGUCUUCGAACACUUCGUGAACUGAAGCUGUUGAAACAUUUCAAUAGCCAUGAGAAUAUCAUAUCGAUCCUUGACAUACAGAAGCCUUUGAACUACGAGUCCUUCAGUGAGGUUUAUCUGAUUCAAGAGCUCAUGGAGACAGACCUACACAGGGUUAUAAAGUCGCAGACUCUGAGUGAUGAUCACUGCCAAUAUUUCAUCUAUCAAACGCUAAGGGCAUUGAAGGCAAUGCAUUCUGCAAACGUCUUACAUAGAGAUUUGAAGCCUUCAAACCUCUUGCUUAACUCAAAUUGUGACCUGAAAGUGUGUGACUUUGGACUAGCACGCUCCGUAGCGUCAAGUGAAAACAAUUUCGGUUUCAUGACGGAGUACGUUGCUACGAGAUGGUACAGAGCACCGGAGAUUAUGUUGACAUUCCAAGAGUACACCACUGCGAUUGACGUCUGGUCGGUGGGCUGUAUCCUUGCAGAGAUGCUUUCAGGUAAGCCUCUGUUCCCAGGAAGGGACUAUCACAACCAGCUUUGGCUAAUCAUGGAAGUUCUGGGGACCCCAACCAUGGAUGACUACUACAACAUCAAGUCUAAGCGUGCAAGGGAAUACAUCCGCACCUUGCCAUUCCAAACGUAUAAGCGUUGUUCAAGCUCUUGAUCAUCCUUAUCUCCAGCUAUACCACGACCCGGACGAUGAACCAAACGCUGCCCCCUUGGACGAAAAGUUCUGGGGAGACUUUAACGAAAACCCAGAGCAAUUGGACAUGGAAGAACUAAAGACCCUUCUAUUUGAAGAAGUGAUGAAACCACUCCGGUCGUAAUAACCACACAAAGGACCUUCAAC